AUGGUUCGGCAUAAGCGGAAAACUAAAGAUCGAGAGGAAGAAGAUCGGUUAGCAAAAAAAUUAUUUGGUAGCAGUGCUGGCUUUCCGGACGGCUUUGAGGAUAGCGAUAAUGACGAUAGUGGGAUGGAGGAAACAUUUCAAACUGAGGAAAAAAUUAGUAAGAAACCCGUUUGGCAGGAUGAAGAUGAUGAAGUUGAAGAGGCAAUUGUGGAUGUGCCAUUGCAUCGUAGAAAAAUCCACAUGAGAAAAGCAACCGAUGCUAUGAAUCAGAAAAUAACGCCAAAGGAAUACGAGGGACGAUUACGACAAUUGUUUUGUCAGAGUUCUGGUGCUGUUCCAGCCUGGUCUCAGUCUUUCUAUGAAAACAAAAAUUCGCGACAUGUUGAAUCAGAUGAUGACGAUCUGGAGGAUGCAUUACGCGAACUAACUGCAUUUGCAGGAAAAUGUGUUACCAAUAGCAAGUCAUUACCAAAAGGAGUAAUUAGCGCGAAACGACUGAAUAACAUUUCAUGUGGGCAUCGACUCGGAAAGAAACCGAUGAGAGUAUUACAAUUUCAUCCCACUCGUAAGGCGCUGAUGUGUGCCGGUGAAAAUGGCCUUCUCAGUCUUUUCGAGGUGGGCUUACCAGAAACAGAAGAAGCUUUUCUGCAAAACGUUCGUUUCAAAGCAUUCCCAAUUACCAGUGCUUCCUUUACUGCAGACGGUUCGAAAAUAAUCGUUGGCUCGAAAAAGAAGGAAUAUCUCUAUUGCUACGAUCUUCUGGAUGAUAAAGUGAUGCAAAUGAGGACUCCAUACGAAAUGACAAAAGUGCACAUGGGGUAUUUCUCGCUUUCGUCUGAUGGCAAAUACGUAGCUGUAUUGGCGCAUAAUGAAGUACAUAUUUUAACUUCAACGUCAUCGGAAUAUAUUGGGGUCCUAACGGCUUCAACAAAAAUUGCUUCCGUACAGUUUUCUCCGAGUGAUUCAUCAACAGUUUUUGCACUUGGGGAAAAUGGACAAGUAUUCAUAUGGAACAUCAGGAAAUCAAAAGAACAACAAACAUUUUACGAUGAAGGUUCAGUUAGAGGAACGAUAAUGCGAAUAAGUGAAAAUGGUCAAUACAUCGCAUGUGGAUCUAAUACAGGGAUUGUAAAUCUAUACGACUCUGCAGAUGCCCUGAGAAAUUCGUUCCCCAAACCCAUAAAAGUGUUCGAUAAUCUUACAACAACUAUUGAUUAUAUGGCAUUUAAUACUGAUUCGCAGAUUCUUUCCGUAUCUUCAAGUGUAAAAACCAAUUCGAUCCGGCUGAUGCAUGUCGCCAGCCAAACCGCUUACACGAAUUUCCCGCCAAGAGAUAUAAGUCUUGGAAAAGUAACAGUGACUGAUUUCUCACCAAAAAGCGCUUAUAUGGCUGUUGGUGAUGAUCGGGGUUUCCUGUCUCUAUUUAGACUUUCACACUUUACUACUUACUGA